ACCGGGGGGCGCCGGCACCGGCGAGAGGCAUCGCCAGCGCAGGAAGAAGAAGAGCGCCCGCCCGCCCGUACCUGCUCCGGCCAUCACUGCCACAGCUACUAAAAUGGAGGUGGUUUCAGCAGAAGUCAACAGCUUGCUCCCUGAGGAAAUCAUGGACACAGGCAUAACUCUGGUGGAAGAUGACAGCAUCGAGGCAGUUAUUGUGUCAUCACCAAUGGGAGACUCGAUUCCCAUGGAAACAGAACUGGAAGAAAUAGUGAACAUAAGCUCUACCAGCGACUCCUCAGCCACAACUACAGCCACAGUCACCACGGAAUCGGUUCCUGCGCCCAGCAGCCACUCAGGAGAUGCAGCACUGACCACCACAGCCCCAAGCCCUGAUGUGAAUGCAGCUGUAAAGCCUGCCUUUCCAGGUGGCCUCCAUAAACUUGGUGCUCAGACCCCUGUCACUAUCUCAGCUAAUCAGAUUAUUCUGAACAAGGCCACUGAUAUUAAAAUAGGCAGUCAGAGUAUUAAACCAGAUGGGCAGAAGCUGAUUGUAACAACUUUGGGCAAGUCAGGCCAGCCUAUUGUCUUAGCAUUACCCCACAGCCAGCUCCCACAGUCACAGAAGGCCGUGACCCAAGCCCAGGGUGGAGACUCCAAGGUACAAGGCCAGCAGAUCAAAGUUGUCAUUGGAGGUCGGUCGGAAGUGAAACCUGUUGUGGGUGUCUCAGCUUUGACGCAGGGAAAUCAGCUGAUAAACACUGCGGCCCAGCCCUCUGUCUUGCAGUCCCAGCAAGUAAAAACAGUACAGAUUGCGAAGAAGACUCGAACCCCAACUUCUGGUCCGGUGAUCACCAAGCUGAUAUUUGCAAAACCAAUCAAUAGCAAAGCUGUUACAGGGCAGACCACUCAAGUGUCACCAGUCAUUGCAGGUAGGGUUUUUUCACAGUCUGCUCCAGGGACACCACCAAAGACAAUAACGAUCUCUGAGAGCGGAGUCAUUGGAUCAUCUUUGAGUACAACAACACAACAGACACCGAAUAAAAUAGCUAUCUCACCACUCAAAUCCCCCAAUAAGGCUGUGAAAUCAGCAGUGCAGACCAUUACUGUAGGAGGAGUGGGUACAUCUCAAUUUAAGACAAUUAUUCCCCUGGCAACUGCACCCAAUGUUCAGCAGAUUCAGGUCCCUGGAAGCAAGUUCCAUUAUGUCAGACUCGUUACUGCCACAACAGCCAGUAGUUCAACCCAAUCUGCCAGUCAAAAUCCCAGUACGAAUACUCAGCCUCUGCAACAGGCAAAGCCCGUGGUGGUGAAUGCGACCCCAGUGCGUAUGUCAGUUCCCAUAGUACCAGCACAGACUGUGAAACAGGUGGUGCCCAAACCAAUCAACUCAGCUUCUCAAAUAGUCACUACUAGUCAGCCCCAACAAAGACUUAUCAUGCCAGCUACUCCACUGCCACAGAUCCAGCCCAACCUCACCAACCUCCCCCCGGGCACUGUGCUGGCACCAGCCCCUGGCACAGGAAAUGUUGGCUAUGCAGUCCUUCCAGCUCAGUAUGUCACACAGCUACAACAGUCAUCCUAUGUAUCUAUAGCGAGCAACACUGGCUUCACAGGGACAUCCAGUGUCCAGUCCCAGGCACGACUGCCAUUUAACGGAAUAAUUUCUUCUGAGUCUGCAAACCGCCCCAGGAAGCCUUGCAAUUGUACUAAGUCUCUGUGUUUGAAAUUGUAUUGUGACUGUUUUGCAAACGGUGAAUUCUGCAAUAACUGCAACUGUACAAAUUGUUAUAACAACCUGGACCAUGAAAACGAUAGGCAAAAAGCAAUAAAGGCCUGCCUCGACAGAAACCCUGAAGCCUUCAAGCCCAAAAUAGGGAAAGGAAAGGAGGGAGAAUCAGAUCGGAGGCACAGCAAGGGGUGUAACUGUAAACGCUCAGGAUGUCUCAAAAACUACUGCGAGUGUUAUGAGGCAAAAAUCAUGUGCUCUUCCAUAUGCAAAUGCAUUGGCUGUAAAAACUUUGAAGAAAGCCCAGAGCGAAAGACAUUGAUGCAUUUAGCAGAUGCUGCAGAGGUCAGGGUUCAGCAGCAGACUGCUGCAAAGACCAAGUUAUCUUCCCAGAUCUCAGACUUGCUGACAAGGCCAACACCAGCACUCAGCAGUGGUGGUGGGAAGCUUCCCUUUACAUUUGUCACCAAGGAGGUGGCCGAUGCAACCUGUGAAUGCCUCCUGGCACAGGCAGAGCAAGCGGAGAAGACGGGCAAGUCCAAAGCUGCAGCAGAGCGCAUGAUCCUGGAGGAGUUUGGACGCUGCCUGAUGAGGGUUAUCAGCUCUGCAGGGAAGUCCAAAUGUGACCCUUGUGCCAUGAACUGCUGACUCAUGCACAUGAGCCACAAUGAAGCGGACUGAACAGAACACUUAAGGCACAGGGACACUUUGGUUUAGCGUAAAGGAUUUAAUAAUAUUUGUUAAUUUGGUGCUUGUUGUAAAUUGACCCAUGUAAGAUUGAAACAAGAAAUUCUUUUAUAACAAGAUGUAGAGCCUUUUAAAUCUUAGCUAAAUCCUGUUCUACAUAAGACAAUACCUAAAGGUCAGUUCUUCCCAAUGUACAGCUUUUACCCUGGGUUUAUUAAAAAUUAGAUGUGUUCUCCCCUUUCCCCCAGAAUAAUUGUCUGAAGGGCAUAUAUAAAUUAUUAUAAUAUAUAUUAUUUACAGUGUAUGGAUUUGCAUCACUGUGCAUACAGGAAAGCACAGGUGAUGUCAACAGCCAGGUCAUGCUUUUGCUGACAGGCCCGUAAUAUGGAGGUACCAGUGUAUCCAAGAUAAUUCUGAAAGGAAAUAUGUAGAAAUAAGCAUCUAAAUGGAAGGUAGUACUCGUAUGUAGGACCUGACACAGCAUGUCUCUUUAGUGCACGGACCACUGUGAGAUACAUAGGCAAUAGUACAGAGGGGUUGCUUGCAGAUGUGCACUGAGCAAGUAGUGGAAAAUGUUUCUGGAGCAGGGCCCAAGGAGUAGAGGUGAAUGGCAUUAUGGGGAAUUUUUGAUAGGAAUGGGGCAGAGUGCCCAGGUGUUUUUUAAGCUGGAACUUAAGGCUAAGACAGUGGUCUGUCCUCAGAAAUUAGGAAGAGCAGCUUCACCACAAUGCCAGACUGUCUGCCAGCAUGGUCUUACCUAAGUGUCUAGCAGAUUGAUGCUGUUGUUUAGGUGAAGCUUGGUUUUUCAGAGGUCUGCAGCAGCCUCAUAUCUCACUGGAGGUAGGGCUGUGUAGUCCAUUGUGUUUUCUAGGAUCAAGCUGUAACCCUGGAAAAGUGUUUAGGUCUGAGAAGCUGAAGUCAUGGGAGAUGACAAUCUACAUCUGAAUCGACUUGCAAAUGCAGGUAGGGAUCAUGUUCAGCCUAGCUGUGGGUAUUCAGGAUGUUGCUUCUUUCCAUGUUGGCAAUUUACUUGGCAUAAGGACUCUUUUAGUGUUGUUUAGAAUAAUUGUGAGAGCUGUGAUCAGAGAAAGUACUAGCACAGAAUCAGGAUUGCUACAAAAAGACACAGAUCCUUUUAUACUAAAUGGGGGGCAAUCAGUUAUAGCUGGGUAUAGACUAAGGCAGGGGAUUUUUUUCAGUAUUUGUUAUAGGCAAUCUUAGAUCACAUUUUUGAUAGUGGAACACAUUUGCAGAAUUAACCUGGUGGGUUACUUACCUAUCAUGAACAUCCAUUAACCAUGUUUAAUCACAGGCAUUUUUAUUACCUGUAUCACUGCAGCCUGAACUAGCUACAUUUUUUUUCCAAAAGGGAUUUGGUAUUCCUUCUAUAAAACUGUAAAUACAGAGAAAUGCAGCGGAGCUCUUUCUCCAGGUUUUCUAGCAGGGCCAGACUGGGGAGAGGUAGGGGCUAGGCACACCAGCAACAGAUGUGCCUCUGUGUGUGAAGGCAAUAGGGUGGGAGAAUGCUUCACCUCCCAGCCCUAUGCACUGAGCAGAAGGCCCUUGACUCUUCUCUGGUGCCUCUCUGAAAAGCCUGGGAGGCAGCAGCAGUGGUGGGCUCACAGACCAGGUCUGACCUGCCAGUCACUGUCUGAAGGGCUCUGUCUGCUAAAGACAUCUCCCUGAGCAUAAAUGGCAGUGUUUUUGCAAAUCUCUGAAAAGGGAAUCCACCUCUUGUGUAAGUAAUUGCUGUAUUUUUUUCAUGAUUAGGACAUGGAUUUACUAAAAGAUCAGUGCAGUAACUUUACCUGUAGAUAGUGCAGAUAUUCUGUUCCCUUCUAGUGACCUAAUAUAGUCUGUCCAGUAAGAUUUGUAUAAAUGUAAAUUAGUGUAAGUGAAUAAAGUAAUACCUACUUACGUUAUUUUUCAAACAGAUUGCAAUAUGCCUUUUGUUUAGACUUCAAUCUGUGUUAAUUUUGUAUAUAUUCAGUGUCUUACUCUAAAUUGCACCUUUUGUGAUGUGUAUUUAUAUACAGUGUGCAAAAGCACUUGUGAAAUUUAGAUUACAGUUGUAAUUAUGUAUGAUGGCAUUGCUGGAGAAUAUUUUGCUUGUAAAGACUUUGAAGGUGCAAUCAAAUGCUCUUAGUUCUUCUAUUUUGUUUUGAACAAGCUUUCUCAAAUAUUAAGCUUGGAUUCCUCUCUCCCUUCUCCCUGGUGUAGAGUGUAUUAAUUGGUUUUUGUACUUCCUUAGCCAUUUGCAUCAAACUGCUGGACAAGAUUAACAGUCAAGUUCAUCCAGUUACAUAAAAAAAUAAUUGGGAAUGGGGCAAGGGUUCAUUUUAUAGUUCUGUUUACAUCCAAAAGUAGAAAAUGAAAUUUAUAUUUACAAGACCUAUUCAAAGAAUACACUUUUCUAUAUUGUACAAAUAAAACAGUCAGAUAAAAUCACAAAAAUAAACAUUUAUACUAUUCUGUAAA